CCAAACAGUGUGUUAGUUAAACCUCGCCCUCUCAUUAUCCCAUCUCUGCAAAACUCAACCUCUAGGGUUUAAGCUCAUUUCACCUAAAAACCUCACCGCCAUCACCAUGGCACUCUAUGCCUUACUCCUCCGCUCUCUCCGCCGUUCUUCCUCCAUCACCCAAACCAUAACAACAUCCCCCCUCCUCCACUCCCAUGCACCAUCUCUAAACCCUAACUUCCAUCUCCCUCUCCGCUCAUUCGCUUUCUCCUCCGCCGAAGAAGCCGCCGCCGAACGCCGCCGUCGCAAACGCCGCCUCCGUAUCGAACCACCAAUCAACGCUCUCCGUCGUGACCCCCUCCCUAGAGGCCCCCUUUCCCCCGACGACCCCCGAUCCCGUCUCCCCGAUACCACGUCAGCAUUAGUGGGCCCACGUCUCAACCUUCACAACCGUGUUCAAUCACUAAUCCGUGCAGGUGACUUAAAUUCUGCAGCAGCUGUUGCUCGUCACGCCGUUUUUUCAAACACGAGACCCACUGUGUUUACGUGUAAUGCUAUUAUUGGUGCUAUGUAUCGUGCCGGUCGGUAUAAUGAUGCUAAGGCGUUGUUUCAGUACUUUUUUAAUCAGUAUAAUAUUAUACCGAAUGUUGUUUCGUAUAAUCAUUUGAUUGUGUCACAUUGUGAAGCUGGUGAGGUUGAUGAGGGGUUGAAAGUUUACAGUCAUAUUAUUGAAAAUGCGCCUUUUAGUCCGUCGGCUGUGACGUAUAGGCAUUUAACGAAGGGGUUGAUACAUUCGGAGAGGAUUGGUGAAGCUGUUGAUUUGCUUAGGGAAAUGCUUAAUAAAGGACAUGGUGCGGAUUCGUUGGUUUAUAAUAAUUUGAUAUUAGGGUUCUUGAAUUUGGGUAAUUUAGAGAAAGCGAAUGAGUUGUUUGAUGAGUUGAAAGAGAGGUGUACAGUUUAUGAUGGGGUGGUGAAUGCUACUUUUAUGGACUGGUUUUUUAAGCAGGGGAGGGUGAAAGAGGCUAUGGAAUCGUAUCGGUCACUUCUUGAUAAGAAGUAUAGGAUGGUUCCUGCGACUUGUAAUGUGCUGUUGGAGGUGUUGUUGAGGCAUGGGAGGGAAACUGAGGCGUGGACAUUGUUUGAGGCGAUGUUGGAUGACCACACGCCACCGACGUUCCAGGCUGUGAAUUCAGACACUUUUAAUUUAAUGGUGAAUGAGUGUUUUAGGUUAGGGAAGGUUUCCGAGGCAUUGGAGACAUUCAAGAAGGUGGGGAAGGGACUAAAGACCCGACCUUUUGCGAUGGACGUUGCAGGUUACAAUAAUAUGAUUACAAAGCUUUCAGAGCUUGAAAUGAUGGAGGAAGCAGAAAAGAUUUAUAUGGAGUUGUGUAACAAGUCAUUGAGCCCGGAUGUGACAACUUAUAGGACAAUGAUUGAGGCAUAUGUGAAGAUGGAGAAUGUUGAAGGCGCGUUGGAGAAGUACACGAAGAUGGUGGAGGCAGGGUUGAGAGUCAUUCCAAUCUAUGCCGAAAAGUGGUUUAAUUUCUUGAUUGAGAAAGGCAAGGUUGCAGAGUGCGUGCCUAUUCUCACCAAGAUGGGUGAGAGAGAACCAAAACCUGAUGUAACAACUUAUGAUAUUGUGAUUAGGGCACUCUGCGGGGAAGGUAGUUAUGAUGCAGUUUCCGAUUUAGUAAUUCAGAUGAUAAACUAUGGUGUUGGUCUCACCAGUUCCCUCAGGGAGUUCCUAUUAGAAGCUUUUGGUAACCAAGGUCGUCGUGAGGAGAUUGAAAGAGUUUUUGCUACAAAACCUACGUACUCUAGACCAGCAGGACCACCUCGAGGACAAGUUCCAUGGCUUUCACAAUUGCCUAGACAAACAGCAGGAACUUCUCAUGUUCCGGGACAGCAGACAUCACCAGCUUCUUUAUCAUCACAAAUGCAAGGACAGCAAUCAGGACCUAAUCCAAGGUGGCAACAAGCUUCACCAUCCUCUUUUGGUACUGGACAAGGAUCACAUCAAAUGCAAGGCCAGCAGUCAGCACCUAAUCCAAGUUGGCAACAAGCUUCACCAUCCUCUUUUGGCAUUGGACAAGGAUCGUCACAAAUGCAAGGCCAGCAGUCAGCACCUAAUCCAAAUUGGCAACAAGCUUCACCGUCCUCUUUUGGUAUUGGACAAGGAUCAUCACAAAUGCAAGGCCAGCAGUCAGCACCUAAUCCGAGUUGGCCACAAGCUUCACCAUCCUUUUUUGGUACUGGACAAGGAUCAUCGCAAAUGCAAGGCCAGCAGUCAACACCUAAUCCGAGUUGGCAACAAGCUUCACCGUCCUCUUUUGGUAGUGGACAAGGAUCAUCACAAAUGCAAGGCCAGCAGUCAGCACCUAAUCCGAGUUGGCAACAACCUUCACCAUCCUCUUUUGGUACUGGACAAGGAUCACAUCAAAUGCAAGGCCAGCAGUCAGCACCUAAUCCAAGUUGGCAAAAACCUUCACUGUCCUCUUUUGGUACUGGACAAGGAUCACAUCAAAUGCAAGGCCAGCAGUCAGCACCUAAUCCAAGUUGGCAACAACCUUCACCAUCCUCUUUUGGUACUGGACAAGGAUCACAUCAAAUGCACGGCCAGCAGUCAGCACCUAAUCCAAGUUGGCAACAAGCUUCACCAUCCUCUUUUGGCACUGGACAAGGAUCGUCACAAAUGCAAGGUCAGCCAUCAACUUUUGCACGAAAUCCACAUCAGGCAUCGUCACCUUCUUUUAGUCAACAAGGAUCACAGCAGAUGCAAGGUCAACCAUCAGCUUUUGCAAGAAACGUGCAGCAGGCAUCACCACCUUCUUUCGUGCCACAACGAGAAGCUUCACAUCAGUCCAUGGAGGGAUCACAGCAAAUGCAAGGUCAUCCACCAACUUCAUUCGUGCCAGGAGGAGCUUCUCAUGUGCAAGGUCAGCAAUCAGGUUUCGCACACGUUCCACAAUGGUCAUCACCACCCACUUAUAUGGCAGGACAAGGAGGAAGCCAUCAAAUGCAAGGUCAGUCAUCAGGUUUCACACAAACUCCACAUAAGGCAUCACAUUUUUCUAUGGAUGGACAAAGAGCCCAUUCAAUACAAGGUCCAGAAGAGGCCUCAUCCCAAGGGGACAAUGUUGAGCAAUACCCCCAAGUGGCACGCCAAGGGAGAAUGUAAAUUGGGAAGCAUAGUUUCUCUGUGGGGGCCUGCUUUUGAUACAGUUAUCUGAAUAGGACUGCAGGAACAGGAACAUCUUGGUGUCACCUGGUGGCUAUGGUCAUGGAUUAAUUUGCAUCGAUAGAAAUCAUUGACAAAUUUUGUAGAGACAAUUAAUGGUUUUAGGGUGAUUUGAGUUGCUCAUAAGUGAAUAGUUGUGCUUGUGAAACAAAUUAAAUUGUAAUAUUGGUGAGAGAAUAUUUUUGUUUACUCUACAUUUUGUAUGCUGGAAUUUUCCCCUUUCAUAUUAAUAAAAUUUAUUCUCCUCAUCGAAAAA